UGUCACCCAGCCCUUUCUACCAUUAUGGAUCAAUUCUGCUUUGUUCUGCUUUUGCCGCUGUGUUUGUGUCUUGACCCUGGAGUGACUCGUGUAAAAACCAUAAGGAGAGGACCAGACGUCACUCCAAUAUGCUCAACGCCGAGUCCCAUCAUAUUUAUUAUUUGUAGCAUCAGAACAGGGGUGAAACAGUGUCAUCUGACAUAUAAUGAUCAAAGAGGCUUUGUGAACGACUGUGACUCCAGGCUCACACUUACGACAGAGAAUCAGACUGUGUUUCUCCACCUGACCGGUUUAGCACCAGUGGAUAGUGGGAACUACAGCUGUGAGUGUGCACACUAUGGUGGAGUAUCUAAUCUCCAUUUCAGUAUCACUGUGGAAGAGGAGGACGAAAACACCAGCAGUUCAACACGCAUGCUGAUCUUAAGUGUUCUUAUCGGCGUAACUACAGGCAUCCCUAUAACUGGAGUUAUCUUGGGGUUAAUAUGCAGAAGAAUACGUCAUGGACGCUGUUCAAGAUCAGCCAUAUCUGGAGUAUCUGUAGGUGACAUUCCUAUCUCUUCGGAUGGAGAUGACCCUGAUGACCCCUACACAAGCCUCCAGCAACCAAUGAGUGAUGUUUACCACACUAUCUCAAAUGCUAUCUGCCUGGAUAACCAGGAAGUAGAUGGAAGAGAGACUGAUCCAAGUUGUGAAAUCUAUGAAAACGUUUAACCAAAAAUCCAGAGAGCAUGACUGUAUAAUGUGUAUGUUGACAUAUUUGACUUCUUGAGACAAAGUUAUCCUACAGUUCAACGAUAUCUCUUGUUUUAUUCAUGUAGAUGUUAAAAAAGUGAUGAACAUGUGAUGGAUUUUUGGUAAAGACGCCAAAAAUGAGGACUUAACUUGUGGGUAAAGUUCCUUGUUCCUCUAGUAACAGGCUGAAAAGCUGUGUUUUGCCGCCCUCUGUUUGAAUGUUUCAAACCUGAUUUUCUGGGUGUGUUGAUUUAUUUAAAACUGACCCUGUGUUUUGGGGCACUGUGUAACUGUUCUUUAACGCACUUGUGUUUUAAGGUAUCACCAAAGUUAAGGCCUUUCUCAUAGGCACAAUAAUGUAAAAAUAGCACCCUUAAAACUUUACAAGUGAAGGAGUUUGUGCCUUUUAGCUGCGAUUUACAGCGUUGAUUAUUUCUGAUUAAAUAUUAGAAUCACCAGAUAAAAUUCAGUUGUUGCAACUGUAUAGCUACUAAUUGAGCAUUAAAUAUCCUGAAAGCUUGUGAUGCUUAGAGUCACAUG